UCAUCCGAUGUGACAGCGCCAUCUCUAAUUUCUGCAACGCAUGACUGCUGGGCUCAUAUGUUCUUCGAGAGACUCGGGGGCAGAAUGGAUCAGCUCAAAAGGUGGGCGGUUCCCAAAUGACGUUUCGCUUCGUUAGCUGUCCGCUCGUUCCCCCCUUAUCUAUUGUCACAGAGGUGACGUCCAUUCGCUUGUUUUUUUGUUCACUAUGGGUUAUGUCGCUCGCCCAAAGCCGUUUGAAGAUCGCAAGGCCGCCAGGGUGGAGGUCGCCAGCCCGGUGACCCGGAAAUGGUUCAAUCUCGUGGGCUGCGUGUUGGCGUCGUCUCUUUACUUCUACCUUCUUAUCGUCUCUAAUCAUUUGUGGACUAUCGAUACUGGGUUGUCCAUCUUUCUGGCUGAGUACUGUGGCUGGUCGAAUGCGCGGAAGCGCAAGCGGACGGCGCUGCGUAACGAAAAUAAUACACAUGUGCUGUCGGCCAAAAGGUCGGAUAGACAAUAUGAGAAGAGCUUUGCUGCAGACCGCAACCUGGACUGUCUGGCUGCCGUUGUAGGUUAUAGGGAGGAUCCCGCCAUCUUUACCAAGGCAUUGCAGAGCUACAUCACCGCUGACAACUGUCGGUUCGUUCUGGCUUGUGUCGAUGGCGAUGGUGAUGAGGACCAGGAGAUGGUCAAUGUGUUCUCGAAGGUCUACAAGACGGACUCGACACUACUCCACCUUCAAGUGCCCCUUGUUGAAAUCGCCCUGUCCAUGGACCGAAUGCGGUCAAAGGACACACCAGACGACGACAUCCUGGACAAAUGCUGCACAAUUGCCAAGCGUAUCCUCGAGGAGAAGAACAUCCGACUGACCGGAGAAGGCGCCAUCUCCAGACUCUGUAUCAGCCAGCCACACAUGCACAAGAAGGGUGUCAUGUUCACCUCCUUCAUCUUCUCAAAGGUCAUCUCGGACGCUCUAGGCAUCGAGUAUCUCUGGACGUCCGAUUCCGAUUCUAUCGUUUUGCGAAACACAAUCUCACGCACUGUAGCGACAAUUGCAGGAGAUCCCUUGGUGGCUGGCGCGAGCACUGCACUUUCAAUCCACAACAGGAAUGACACGUUGAUCACCAAGAUUGGCAAUUCCGUCUAUCUCAACGAACUGCACCUGUCCAGAUGUUUCGCCAGCUCAUUUGGGGCAAACGACUGCCAGAGCGGACCGUGUGCGGUCUUCCGUACUGCGCUGAUCAUCCCGGAGCUAUUGGCGUGGUACAAGCAGACUGUCCUCGGACAUCGCAUGAUCGUAAACGAGGACCGACAUCUCACCACCCGCCUGCUCCUAAAAGGCUGGCGAAUCCUAUUCAUCCCCGACGCCUUCACCGCCACCGAAUCCCCCAUCAACAUGCGCCGCUGGCUCCUCCAACAAGUCCGCUGGGCCCGCGCCGUCCACAUCGAAAGCUACUCCCGCCCGGAAAUCUACCUCCAACAGCCGCCCAUCUUCUUCUUCGCCGCGCUCCGCCGCCAGCUCACCGGCAUGACCGCCAUGGUCAUCGCAAUGGUCUACCUCUUCACCGGCGUCACCCCCCUCCACUUCUCCUUCCAGGACUACCUCUUCCGCUUCGCCUUCACGCUCGUCUACCUCGCCGUGCGCAACCCGCUCCGGCCCUCGCUCGCCGAGUGGCUCUACAGCGUCCCCGCAAACCUCUUCUACAACGUGCCCCUCCCCGCCGUGCAGGCCUGGAGUCUCAUGACCGUGUUCAACGACUCGUGGGGCACCACCAUGCGCUCGAGCAAGGAGCUGUCGCGCCACUCGAAGCUGCGCGCGAAGAUGUGGGACGUCGGGUUCUUUGUCUUUUGGAUCGGCCUGUUGGGCGGCGUGGCGGGGCGCUAUGUUGCGUCGAGUCUGAUGCUGGGGCCGGCGCAUAUUAUGGGGUACAUGUUUGUUGGCACGACGACGGUGUGGAGUAUAUUGGGGUACUGGAUGGUCGUGUGUGACUGAGGUAUAUAUAUAUACAUAUAUAUAUUUUACAUAUAUAUUAAUUUAUAAUAUCCGGCGGAGCACUAGCAGACAGACAGACAGACACACAUGG